AUGUUGCCUGGCCAAGGGCUUGGUGACCCAGUGCUGCUGGACAAGAUAGACCGGCUCCUAGCUUGCAACCUUGGUGAAUAUGUCAACUUGCCCCAGCUUGUUGUGGUGGGAGACCAGUCCAGUGGCAAAAGCUCUGUUCUUGAGGGUCUUACCAAGUUGCCAUUCCCUAGAGAUAGUGGGCUGUGCACUCGGUUUGCUACUCAGAUCAUCUUCCGACGGAUUAGGGCGGACACAGAGAGGACUAUCAGUGCUUCCAUUGUUCCAGCACACGAUAAAGACCCCGAGCACAGUUCUCGUUUGGCAGCAUGGAGAGGAGUCAAUAUGGAGUCACUCGACGAUGAAUCCUUCGCUGAAACAAUGCGUGAAGUUCACCAGACGAUGGGUUUGUCGGGAUCCGAAACCAACACUGCUAAGCCCAUCUUCACUCGCGACGUCUUCCGGUUAGAGAUUUGUGGACCCGAAGAAGAUAAUUUGAGUAUCAUUGAUGUCCCGGGUAUCUUCAAGAACACUACUGCUGGUGUCACUACCAAGCAGGAUAUGGAGAUGGUGAAGGAUAUUGUCUUGGGCUACAUGCGCAACCCGCGUUCCAUCAGCCUGACUGUGAUCCCCGCAAACGUGGAUAUAGCUACACAAGAAAUUCUGGAAAUGGCACGCGAGUGGGAUCCCAAGGGCAUUCGCACAUUGGGAGUGUUUACCAAACCUGAUUUAGUAGACAAGGGUGCCGAGGACAAAAUCAUCGACUUGGUUGAGGGCAAAGUCCAUUCUUUGGAGCUUGGCUGGAUUGUUGUGCGCAAUGCCGGGCAACAGCAACUACUUGACCAGAGCUCAGACCGAGACUUGGUCGAAGCCCAGUUCUUUAGGGGAACUCACCCAUGGAACAAUCUUCCAACGGACAAAGUUGGCAUUGGUUCCCUCAGAAAUCGCCUGCAGGAUGUGCAGACAACUCAAAUUCGUCGAGAGUUUCCCAAGGCAGGCCACACCAUGCGUGCCGACGUUGGUCGAAAGCUGAAGGACAUGAGGCAUAGUUUAUCUGCUCUUGGAAUUGAGCGAAGUACUUCGGAGCAGCAGCGAAGCUUUCUGCUCGAUGUUAUAACCAGGUUUCAAGAGAUUGUUUCGCAAGCUAUGGCAACUUCAUAUGGCACGUAUGAAUUGUUUGAUAAAGAAAGUCAUUCCCGACUGGCAACGAUAGUUAGAAACCGCAUGGACGUUUUCAAGACCGACAUGGAAGAAUAUGGGUUUGAAUACCAAUUCAUCGGUGGAAUGUCUGAUGAAUUACCCGUACAGCUGAUGGAAAAGGAAAGCGAGGAAGAAGAUGGUGGAAUCCCUGUUCGUAAGCAUAUGAAUGUGUCAGAGCACAGUGGCGCUAUUGAUGGCAUUCUUCACGAACAAGAGAUUGUGAAAAAGCCAUCGGAUGACAACAUUCUCGUAUGGAUCGGGGAUCAGUAUCGUGCUUCCCGCGGAUUCGAGGUGGGGACAUUUCAGACGUCCCUAUUGUGCACUAUCAUGAACAGACAAUCAGGUAAAUGGGCUGAGUUUGCGCUCGGAUAUGUCAGUGAUGUGAUUGAUAUCAUUCACACUUUCAUGCUCAAAGUCCUCGAAGACAUCUGCCCAGAUGAGCAAAUUUGCGACAAGUUAGUAAGUGUUCUCACCGACGAGCUGUCCAUGAGAUACAGAGAAGCCAUCGAACAGGCCCAGCUAGUUCUGGAUGUCGAACGCAUGAACAUAAUGACUUUGAAUGAUAACUUUCACGAGAAACUUGAGGAAACUCAAAAUAAAAACCACCGGGAGAAGUAUGAGUCACCCACAGAAAACGAGGCCAAGACUCCAAUGAGUAACACCGAACGAACCGUCCGUUACAUACACGAUAUUCUGGCAGCCUACUACGAAGUGGCAUUCAAGCGGUUUGUUGACAACAUCUGCAUGCAAGCCACCGGCUACUGUCUGCUCACCGGACCACGCAAGCCGCUUGGACUUUUCUCACCCCAGUUUAUUGCGAAUCUCACAGAAGAUCAGUUGUCGGAGCUUGCGGGGGAGAAUGCUUCGCUGAGCCGGAAACGUGCACAGCUGAAGAAAGGGAUUCAGGACCUAGAAACUGGUCGAAAGAUUAUGAUGUAG